AUGGCCCGGACUAAGUAUAAGUGUGGAAUAAGCAUUGUUUCUUGUAUAUUCCUUUUGGAUUUCGUCAAUACGCUGCCAAUACUUCGUUCACCGACAUUAGAAACGACAGACCGUAUUUUUACAACUACUAACUCACUACAAGAUGAAGUAUUAGUUGAAGAACCAAAGAAUUUUACAGUUGAUUAUAAUACUCAAAUAUUGGAUGCUGCAAUAAACAACACAUUCAACGUGACUGGAAGAUCUCUGGAACGACAAUCAGAGGUUAACAUUCGGAGAGGACAAGAAGUCAGGAACUACUCUAUUCAAAUUACAAGAAAUGGCGAUAAAUUUAUUGGGCAGGCUAUUUUAAGUGUCCGUGUUAGUGAAGGAAGAGGAGAAGCGUUACUGUUCCAUAUGGUAGACCUUGAAGUGCAUCGUGUUCAACUGGGGAUUUUAACAAUUGCAGAUGCAUCAGAUGUUAAUUUUGAUGCAUAUGAUGAUUUAUUAGAAGUACAAGUACCAGAAGAACCUGCAACGACAUAUGUAGUUAUUAUAGAUUAUUCAGCAGACUUUAGGAGUGAUGGGAUGGGUCUUUACAUGGGACAUUUUGACGACACGCCAUUAGAAAGUCCGGUUUAUCUUUGGGGUAUGGUUGCACAUAACUUCGACGUUACUAAUAUUCCCAGUGUAAAUGUGCAAAUACAUACUCGCCAAAGAGUUUCAAAUCAGAAUACUGUAACUUCAGUGGCUAUUAUUGAUUAUUUCAAUGCGCUCAACGAAUGGACUGAAAAGCCAUAUGAUGAAAUAGUAAUGAACCAAAAUGAAAGAAUGAAUAUAAUAGCCGUUCCUGAUAUUUCUCGAGAUUGGACCGCGUUGUCUACGGUCUGUAUUUGGGAGCCUUACAUACUAACUGAAAAUAAUAACGCUAUAAAACAUAGAAAAAUAGCACUUGUAAAGAUUGCCGAAGGGAUGUCGAGGCAAUGGUUCGGCUACGUUCUACGCCCUAGCAAUUGGAAAGAUCAGUGGUUCAUAAUUGGUCUUAAUACCUACGUGGCUUAUGAAAUUGCGAAAGGGUUCCAAACUGAUCCAAGUGGUGAAAACGAAUUAAUGAUUGAUUUCAACACAAUAUUUGUAACGGAUGUGAUACAAGAAGGUCUUCUAUGGGAUGCUUAUGCCGAAUCGGGUCGAAUUGAGCCAGAAAAUGAUAUAUUUGAAGAAAAUGAAAUUAGAUUGCUUAUGAAUGGUGUGAUGCAAUAUAAAGCUCCAGCGUUAAUAAGAAUGAUUAGACUGGCUUAUGGUACUGAAGAAGAUGAAAUAAUGCGUACUGCAGUUAGAGCACUAAUAAAAAACAGGCCUAUGGAACUGUUGACAUCUGAUGACUUUUAUGAUUCUCUAAGAAAUAACGGAGAUGCAAGAUUUGAUUUAGAACAGUGGGUCAAUAACAACGGUUACCCCUUAAUUACUGCUUCGAUUGUGCCAAAUGGAGUACUUCUUAUUCAGGAACCGUUCAGUUAUACACCUGGUGGCACAACUGCAGGUUUUAACGUUCCAAUUACAUUUACAACAAGCUCAAAUCCAGACUUCAAUAAUCUUUACACUGAUACUUUUGUGGAUAAUACAAAUCAUAUAUUGCGAGUAACUCUUGAAGAAAAUGAUUGGAUUAUAUUAAACCUUCAAGGGCAAGGUUACUACAGAGUAAACUACGAUCCGAUUUUGUGGGAGAAUCUUAUCGAAGCAUUGGACGAUCCUGAGGAGAGAGAAAACAUACAUCCAUUAAACAGAGCAACACUUCUCGACGAUGCUCUUAAUUUAGCUCGGGCUAACAGAAUUUCUUAUGAUGUUGCGUUACAAGUCGCUUUUACCAUACAACAUGAAACUGAGUACGCUGUUUGGCGAGCAUUCGUAAGAAAUAUGGAUUUUAUAAGGAAACGUAUAGUUGCAUUUGCAACGAUCGAAGAAGAUCGAGAUGACGACAUUUAUUUGAGGUUAAUACGACGAAUAAUGGGGACAUUUGAAGAGGAAAUAGGUUUCAUUCCUCCUCUGGGUAACGAGCCUGUUAUGCAGGUUCUUACGCGAGGACUGGUAAUGGAUCACGCUUGUCGCUCCGGAUACGAGCCCUGUAUAGCGGCGGCAGUGGACUUGUUCUACGAUCCUAAUGACGAUGGAGCAGUGAAUCCUAACAUACCUCCGGAAAUAAGGCCGGCAGUUUACUGUACUAUGGUUAGAGAAGGAGGUGAAGAAGUCAUUGAGGCUCUGCAAAGUCGCCUUGAAAUUGAAAAUUCAAGAUAUGAACGUCUCGUCAUCUUAGAAUCACUUGGCUGCUCUCAGGAUGAAGAAUUUAUUAGAACAUUACUUUUGGAGACAAUCGACAAUGCUGCUCCUUACGAUACGGAAGAAAGAUCGAAAAUAUUCGCUGCUAUUGCGUCUGCGAGUGCUGAGAACGCGAUGCUCGCAAUGUUGUUUAUGUCUACACGUACAAAUGAGAUAAGAAAUUCGUACGGUGGCCCUGAGAAACUGGAAGAAUGCAUAUUUGUUUUAUCAGACAACAUGGUGACAGAUGACUUAGCGCUUGAGUUUACGAGAUGGGUGAACUCAUUAGAUUCUAUAAGCAACAUUGAAGACUCUGACUUGGCAGCGGCAAAUGCAAGAAGCCGAAUAAAUCAAAAUAUAAAUUGGAACAACAAUUUGAUGGAAGAUGUGUAUGAAUGGAUUGACGAGAACGAUGCUCCUACUUUAUUUGUAUCUAGCUUUUUAAUUUGUUUAACAUUAUUCGUAUCUUUAUUUAAUAAC